CCAGGGCCUCUUGUCCUCUGUCUGCACUGGAAUCGAGACCGCGAUGAGCUCGAAGGCGCCUGGACAGGAUGCCGCAGAGCAGGAGGCAGUAUGUUACAACUGUGGCGUCAAGGGACAUUGGGCGUUUGCUUGUCCGGAACCUACUCGCGAGGUGCCUGUGUAAGUCUUUUUCUCGACACCCCCCUAUACAUUGCCCAUUUGCUGCUUGGCGUGUACGUUGUUGACAAUGAGCAGGGGUCUCCAACGAUGGCAGCAGCACAAAGAGCAUGGAAACAAUGAGCGAAGGGGCUCAUCAAGAGACAAGAAGAAAGGGCCCAUUGUCAUUCAUUACCCUCCUCCUCCUCCUCCUCUAUCCCACAUCGCCCCUGGUGCCCCGUACGGUCCAUCGGCGGCCCCACCGUUCCCCCCUGGCGCCCCUCCGGCACCACCACCUCCUCCGAGCCAAAGCUAUCAGCAGCCUAACUAUCCGCCAAAUCCGUAUGUCGGCGGCUAUCAGCCGCCUCCUCCACCGGCGCAAUACGGACAAUACCCAGCCCCACCCCCACCACCUCCCCCCAGUUAUACUCCUCAACCGCAAUAUGGCCAACCUGCCUACCCGCCGUCGUAUCCUCAGGCCCCGGGCUACUAUCCACCUGGUGCUGCUCCUCCUUCAGCUCCCCCACCACCUUCGUACCCUCCAGGCACAUACCCACCGCACCAGUCUGGGCAACCGCCACCUCCACCUCCUUCUACACCUUAUCCUCCUCACUAUCCAACCCCACCUCCGCCAGGCCCUUAUCAUUUCGCGCCGGGGCAGCCACCACCUUACGGUCCGCCCGCUCCCACGGGCCACCAGUACUCUCCCCCUCCCAGCUGGUCUUCAGCUCACGCCGGGCCAUCGCCCCCUUCCUCGCGCUCAGCAAACCAAACCCCUUUAGGGUCCCACCGAGGCAGAUCACUAAAAUCCCACGGUUCGAAGAAAUCACACCAGCACCGUGAACAGAAUCGGCAUGGGCAUGAGAAACAUGGGAAGGGAAAGUCCCGUAACGAGCGUCGCGGACAUCAAGCCAGCCGCGACGAACAGCAAACAAAGACUGACGACUCGCGAUCAAAGCCCGAAGGCAACGAGCCAAAGGUGCAAGAUAACGAAGAGCAAGCGGGCGAAGGGAGUCUAGAAGACACCAGUGGGUGGGAUCCCAGACUCAAGGAAGAGUUCAAGCAGGCCUUUCCGGACAUCAAGACCAAGCCCGCUGAUCCCGUUGGCAUUCCUCUCCCGCUUGAGUACACCGACGAGCCGACUAUACCGCCGGCCUACAAUGCGACAUGUGUGAAGUCCGAGUUCUUUCGGGAGGACAACCAGAAGGACUUUGGGCGGUCCAUCAGGGAGCAUCCUUCCUGGGCCACGCUUAAGAAUGACCCAGUCUUUAGGCAUUACCAAGGCAUGGUCAUGCGCUGCUUCCCCGGGAGCGAGCAUGAAUACCCAAGCUAUGACCCACCAGAUGCGCCCCCUUCGCCUUCAUCCAUCAAGAUGCCCCCUCGGUUUAGGUUUGACCGAUCAGCAAUCAGGACGAAGCAGGACAGGCCAGAGGGACAUCCAGCGGAUAAUCAUGAUGACCAUAUCCGGCCCCAGUCGCCUCCUGACCGCCGGCGGCGCGACUCGGGUCGCGACUGGUACGAUGGGGACGGUCGCCGCCCGCGAAAGCGGUCUUUUGAUGCUGGCUAUGACCGCGACAAUGGCGAACCGGACCCGAAACGGGCCCGACGGUGGUCUCUACAUCGGAGAGACUGGUCACGUGAAGACCACGGCAGAGCCAAUGUAGCUCGUCGGCGCAGUCCAAGCCCGCCGAGAUGCAAUCUCGAAGGGGACCCUUGGUCACCACGGGCAGGAGAUACCAACUUCAGAGCUUCUAAUGACCGCCGAUAUCAUGAGGUGCACAAGACAACCAAGUACUCCCCGCCCCGGGACGAAAGGAUAAGCUAUUCGGACAGACGGCACGAUAGCGGCUACCAAAGCGGGCAUUCCAUCGAGAAGGACACAGCACGGUACCAGGACGGCGAGUGGAGGCGUCGGUCUUCAGAUCGAUCAUACCAGCGGCGGACCUCGCCGUCUCGGGGCCGAGACCGGAGUCGUAGCCGUAGCCGUGGGCGCAGCCAAAGGCGAAGCCACAGCCGGAGCCAUAGCCGGGGUCGGUACCGAAGUCUCAGUCGUGGCCACAGCCGUGGUCGUAGCCGGGCUUCAACCCCGAGCAGGAGCGAUCGCAACCGUAGCGAGUCGCCGCUCACAGCACUUGAAGCAGAUCUGCUAGGUCUUGCCAGAGAUUCUAGCGAGCCCGAAACCAAGCCGGUGGCGAAGAAGCCUGUCAAGAGGGUUCAGGUUGCCGCGGCCUUUGGUCGGCGCUGGUAGUCGGCCUCGUUCAGUCCUCGAAUGCUUCAGCCUCACUGGAUCUGAGGUGGCGAGUUACGAUGAAACUUGACAUGUGUUAUUCUGCAUGUCCCAUGAUUGCAUUUGCAGCAUUGCGUGUGGC